AUGGAGCGGGGCCGCGCCCUCCUGCUUCCCCUCCUUCUGGGGCUGCUCCAGCCCGGCCGCGGUGGGCCGCUGGAAGUGGAUCCACCUGAGAGCCAGGUGGCGAUGGCCGUGGGAGAGUCGCGAAACUUCACCUGCCGCAUGACCUGUGCGGACGGCAGGGCGGCCUCGGUGCUGUGGCGGGGCCUGGACACCAGUCUGGGCGCCGUGCAGUCCAGCGCGGGCCUCAGCGUCCUGUACGUGAUCAACGCCUCGCUGUCUGCGGCGGGGACCCGCGUGUGCGUGGGCUCCUGUGGGGACGUGGUCCUCCAGCACCGGGUGCGGCUCCUGGUAUUUGCCUUCCCUGACCAGCUGAGUGUAUCCCCUGAGGCCGUAGUGCCAGGGAGGGACCAGGAGGUGGCCUGCACGGCCCACAACGUCACACCUGCUGGCCCUGACACCCUCUCCAUGUCUCUGCUCCUGGGGGGUCGGGAACUGGAGGGAGUGGAAGCCCUCCUGGAUAUGACUGAGGAGCCCCAGGAAGGCGAGGACCCGCUGUUCCAAGUGACCCAGCGCUGGCUGCUGCCCGCCUCAGAGACCUCCAGCCUGCACACCCUCCACUGCCAGGUGACCAUGAGGCUGCCCGGCCUGGAGCUGACCCACCACCGAAGCAUUCCAGUCCUGCAGGGCCUGACCUCCCCGGAGCCCCCCACCAUCACCUUCUCAGAGCCCCCCGCCAUGACCCCAGCAAAGCGCAGCAUCACAGCAUCUCCGGAGCCCACUGAGACAACCACCCCAGAGCCCUUUGUCAUGAAGCCCCCGAAGCCCCCCAUCAACACCUCCCCCGAGCUGGCCUCCACCUGCAGCCCCACAAGUCCUGGCCCCGCGCCCAGGAACAGCUCCACCAGGCCGUGCCUCCCGGAGAUCCACCAGUUGUCAGCAUCAGGGGCUUUGGAGCUGCUCUGCGAGGUGCCCUGUGGUCCCAGCAUGGCCGUGCACUGGACCCAGGCCCCUGGCGGGCUGGAGGCCUACGAGACGCAGGAGGUGGGGGCCCAAGCUUGGCUGAGCAGCAGGAGCAUGCUGUGGUCCGGGUGCCGUCCUGAGGGCUGGUUCCAGUGUCGUCUGGACCCUGGGGGCCACACAGCCAACCUGUAUGUGGUCCCGGAAAUCUGCUCCCCGACAAUGUCAGCUGCCCUGUGGACCAGCAGCUUGGCGCUGGGGCUCCUUCUCCUGGUGUUCCUCACCUACCGCCUGUGGAAACGCUGCCAGCCCACAAGCUGA